AUGGUUGCCAUUCACAAGAUACUCAUUGCCAACCGAGGCGAGAUUGCAUGUCGCAUCAUUCGUACUUGCAAUCGUAUGGGAAUUCUGACUGUCGCUGUUUACUCAGACAGUGACGAGAAUGCCCCAUUUGUGAAAAUGGCUGACGAAGCUUACCACAUUGGUGAUUCUAUCGCUGCUCACUCGUAUCUAGAUAGCCAAAAGUUAAUACACGCAGCCUUGGCUUCUGGUUCAAAUGCAAUCCACCCAGGAUACGGUUUUCUUUCCGAAAAUUCAGAUUUCACGGAUCAAGUUACUCGGGCUGGUUUGAUAUUCAUUGGCCCAAGAGCAGAUUCGAUUCGUACAAUUGGCGACAAGAGCGCAGCCAAAGAGUUUAUCACAAACUAUACAUCUAGUAUGCCUCUAAUUCCUGGCUACCAUGACGAGGAUCAAAAUAUGGAACGAUUGGAAAGCGAGGCCAAUAAGAUUGAGUUUCCUAUUCUUCUUAAAGCUUCGGCCGGAGGAGGAGGAAAAGGCAUGCGAGUAGUAUACAACACAACAAAACUACGCGAAGAAAUUGAAGCUGCAAAAGGAGAGUCUUUACGCUCAUUUGGAUCCGAUAAACUUCUUAUAGAAAAAUAUUUCGAAAGUGUUCGUCACGUAGAGAUACAAAUCUUUGGUGAUCAAUAUGGCAAUGUAUAUGACAUCAAUGAGCGUGAUUGCUCUAUUCAGAGACGACAUCAAAAGAUUAUCGAGGAAACACCAUCACCUGCUGUAGAUGUGACGCUUCGGAAAGCCAUGGCAACCGCUGCUGUGGAACUCGGGCGCCAAUUGCGCUACGAAGGUGCAGGAACAGUUGAAUUUAUUCUGGAUGAAUCUACAAAAAAGUUUUACUUUUUGGAAUUAAACACACGUUUGCAAGUGGAACAUCCGAUCACAGAAGCAAUAUCUGGAUUAGACUUGGUAGAAUUACAGAUACUAGUUGCCCAAGGAGCAAAUCUCAAGACUCUUGGUGUACUGGAAAAUAUUAAAUUUAACGGGCAUGCCAUUGAGUGCAGAUUGUGUGCAGAAGACCCAGAAAGUGACUUUGGCCCUCGCACAGGUGUGAUCCAUAAAUGGAGCCCUGCAAACGCUGCGCGUCAGCUUCAGGGUGUACGCUAUGAUACAGGUGUAGAGGAUGGUUCCAUCAUAUCAAUAUUUUACGAUUCUAUGAUUGCCAAGAUCAUUGUCCAUGCGCCUACGCGCGCAGAAGCCAUUCAAAAGAUGGCAACAACAUUGGCUCGCACUGUUAUAUUGGGCGUAGCUACAAACCAAAAAUUCUUGCUGAGUAUUAUGAACAAUUCUUGUUUCCAGUCUGGUACCUUUGACACCAACUUUAUUAACAAGGAGAAAAGUGUUUUAUUCCCUCCUCUAUCCGACACAUUAAAUUCCAGCAUGGUGGCUGCUCUAGUGUAUGACUGGGUACGCCGUAAAGAAGAAAAGAUCAUUCUUCGCAAUAUACCUCCCAGAUGGCGCAACGUCCAUGUCAACAACCCUUGCAUGAUGUUUAUGAUCGGCCAUCAACAAGAGGCAAAAAUCGAAUAUGUUUACCAAGGAGUAAAAGACAAAAGACAUCGAUUCCAAUGCUAUAUUAACAUUGCAAAAGAUUCUACAGAAUCUCAAAUGUUGGAUGUGGUUCUGUUCGAAACAGAUAUGGAAAAAGAAGUGCCUGGUCCAAAUGGUAUUCAAGGCAUUAAAGGGCUUAUUCGCCUAGCCAUUAGUAAGAAAGAAAAAAGUUUAUAA